CAGUUAGUGAAAACCACUAUAUAUGCGUAUUAGACACACACUCCUAUGAUUAAUUAUUUAUUUGCUACCAGAUUUUCAGGUAGAGCUCAUGUUCGCCACGCGUAGUGUUCGAUAACUUUGGAAGCAAGGUCUUGAAGUUUUGAGAGAGAAAAAAAUGGCAAGCAAUAAUGGAAGAAUUAGAGAGUCAACUUUUUACAAACAAGUGUUACCAUUUGCAGCUAUGGUGUCUAUGGAAUGUAUAAAUGUUGGAUUAAACACACUUUACAAAGCUGCUACAAAUAAAGGCAUGAGUAAUCAUGUCUUUGUUGUUUACAGUUAUGGUCUUGCUGCUCUUCUCCUUCUUCCUUCUCCCUUUUUCUCUACCAGAUCAAGAGUACUUCCACCCCUCAACUGCUCAAUUCUAGCCAAAAUAUUUCUUCUUGGAGUUAUCGGGUGUACAUCACAGAUAAUGGGCUACACAGGAAUUAACUAUAGCUCCCCUACACUUGCCUCCGCCAUCAGCAAUCUCGUCCCUGCUUUUACUUUCGUCCUGGCUGUCAUUUUCAGGUUUUUGCUUCCUCUUCUUUUUAUCUCAUGUCCUUUAUUUUCGUCAAAUUGUUNCCAAUCGAAUUGGAUGCUUGGCGGCCUUUUCCUCACAACUGAAUAUAUUUUGGUUCCUAUGUGGUACAUUGUUCAGACAUGGAUUAUGAAAGAGUAUCCAGCUGAAGUGACUGUAGUUUUCUUCUACAACUUGUGUGUGAGCUGCCUAGCUGCUAUUGUAGGCUUUUUCACUGAACCCGAUUCCAGCAAAUGGCGAAUUAAACCAGAUAUUGCACUGGCCUCCAUCCUAUGCUCUGGAAUUUUGGGCUCAUCCCUAAACAAUACCAUUCACACCUGGGCUUUGCGCGUCAAAGGACCAGUGUAUGUAGCAAUGUUCAAGCCACUGUCCAUUGCCAUUGCAGUAGCCAUGGGAGUCAUUAUCCUAGGAGAUACUCUUUAUUUGGGAAGCGUUCUGGGAGCGACUGUAAUUGCCAUCGGAUUCUAUACUGUAAUGUGGGGAAAGGCAAAAGAGAUGCCUGAAUACGAUGAUUCUAAUGAUCUCGAGUCUACUUCAGCCCAAAAGUUUCCUUUGUUACAGAAUUACAAAAAUGAAGGUAUCUCAAACAAGUAAACAAGUUAAAUGAACUCAUCAAGCAGAAAGGCAAGUCACACAAAAAGCGCGCAGUUGCUGCAAAGCAAGAAAGAAGCUACUAUUUUUGAUACACAAGGGGAGCAGUUGUAUAGGAAGAAACAAAAGGCUGCUGUUGGGAGAAGCAGAGCAGCAAAUUGUAGGCAUAUAUAUCCUUGUUUUGUACAGCUCUUCUGAAACAGCAUGCUCAACUUGUAUCUCAUGAAUGAACUAAAGCCUAUUUUAGUACAGUAACUGAACAAAAAUGUAACAGGUAAGCAAUUAAGGGCUACUAAUUAAUCAAAAUUAAACAGGAUGUAUGCAUCCUUUCUGUACCUCAACAGGCUCUAGUGUACUUUAUAUAAAGAAAGAUUGUUAAACCA